AUGCCCGCGGGCCUCACGGAGCCGGCCGGCGCCGCUCCCCCCGCCGGUGUGGGCGCCUCCGGGACCGUGACCAUGGCCCCCGCCGCGGCUCUGCCCGUCCGGGUGGAGAGCACUCCGGUGGCCUUGGGCGCCGUGACUAAGGCUCCUGUCAGUGUCUGCGUAGAGUCCUCGGUGUCCCAGCCGCUGCGGUCCCCCGUAGGGACCCUGGUGACCAAAGUGGCCCCUGUCAGUGCCCUUCCUAAACUCAGCAACGGCCCUCGUCUACCAUCUCCUCAGAUCGUCGCCGUGAAAGCCCCCAGCACCACCACAAUCCAGUUGCCUGCUAAUCUUCAGCUUCCUCCAGGAACCGUUUUGAUCAAAAGUAACAGUGGUCAGCUGAUGUUGGUAUCUCCUCAGCAAGCUGUAACAAGAACUGAGACCACAAGUAACAUAACUUCAAGGCCAGCUGUACCAGCAAAUACGCAAACCGUCAAAAUCUGUACCAUGCCGAAUUCUAGUUCACAGUUAAUCAAGAAAGUGGCAGUGGCACCUGUUAAACAGUUGGCACAAGGAGGAACUUCUGUGGUAACCUCUGUUCCAAAGCCUUCCCCAGUGCAAUCUGUGGCUGUGCCAACCAACGUGGUCACAGUUACUCCUAUAAAGCCCGUGAAUACUGUAACAACCCUGAAGCCUUCAAGGGUGGGAACAGCAUCUGCCCCUUCAAAUGAGCUCAAUCUCAAAACAGAGAACUUGGCCUCUGCUCAGGCUAACCUUUCUCCGACGAUGCUAGAAAAUGUGAAGAAAUGUAAGAACUUCCUCGCAAUGUUAAUAAAACUAGCGUGUAGUGGAUCCCAGUCCCCGGAGAUGGGGCAGAAUGUGAAGACGUUGGUAGAGCAACUUUUGGAUGCAAAAAUUGAAGCAGAAGAGUUUACUAGACAACUGUAUGUUGAACUCAAGUCUUCACCUCAGCCUCACCUAGUUCCUUUCCUUAAGAAAAGUGUGAUUGCCUUACGACAACUGAUGCCCAACGCCCAGAGCUUUAUUCAGCAGUGCGUUCAGCAGACUUCUAGCGAGGUGGUCCCUACUACCUGUACCACAACAUCAACGCCUUCUCCCGUGGUAACAACGGCAGCUUCCUCCAUCCAGGCUGAGAAGCCUGUUGUUGGUGGUUCGGAAGCAGCGGUGCCUGGAGUUGUGUCCGUACAAACUCUGAAACCACUUGCUGGUCCAGUGGGAGCAAAAACUGGAGUCGUGACUCUUCACUCUGUGGGUCCGGCUGCUGUGCCUGGAGGGACAACAGCUGGAGCUGUCGUGCUGCAGACUCCAAAACCUCUGGUGACAUCCCUGCAGAACACGGUGACAGCCCUGCAGAACACGGUGACAGCAGUCUCUCUGCAGCCUGAAAAGCCGGUUGUCUCCGGGACAGCAGUGACACUGGCGCUCCCCUCGGUACCUUUUGGAAAAACCUCAGCAGCAGCUGUUUGCAUUCCAUCCGUGAAACCCAUUCUUACUUCCGCUGGGACCACGUCCGACAAGCCCGCCCUUGGCCCUCCACUCCAAAUCAAACUCGCGCAGCCAGGCCCCGUGCUUGCACAGCCAGCUGGUAUCCCACAGGCAGUUAAAGUCAAACAACUAGUAGUCCAGCAGCCUUCAGGAGGCCUUGCAAAACAAGUGACCACCCUUACCCAUUCCCCAGCAUUGACCAUCCAGAAAUCUGGACAGAAGAAGGUGACAGUGAGCACUACUAUACCUACCAGUCAGUUUUCUCAAGCUUCCAUUCUAAAGCAAAUUACCCUUCCAGGAAAUAAAAUUCUGUCACUUCAAUCAUCUGUUCAGAAAAACAAAAUAAAAGAGAAUGGAACAGUAUCCUUCAGAGAUGAAGAUGACAUCAAUGAUGUGACUUCCAUGGCAGGGGUCAACCUCAGUGAAGAAAACGCCUGCAUCUUAGCAACAAACUCUGAAUUGGUUGGCACACUCGUUCAGUCCUGUAAAGAUGAACCGUUCCUUUUCAUUGGAGCUCUACAAAAGCGAAUUUUAGACAUUGGUAAAAAGCAUGACAUUACGGAACUUAAUUCUGAUGCUGUGAACUUGAUCUCCCACGCAACACAAGAGCGAUUACGAGGCCUUCUAGAAAAGCUGACGACAAUUGCUCAGCAUCGAAUGACCACUUACAAGGCAAGUGAAAAUUACAUCCUGUCUAAUGACACCAGAUCACAGCUCAAAUUUCUUGAAAAGCUAGAUCAACUGGAGAAGCAGAGAAAGGAUUUAGAAGAAAGAGAAAUGUUACUUAAAGCAGCCAAGAGUCGUUCCAAUAAAGAAGAUCCAGAACAGCUGAGAUUAAAGCAGAAAGCCAAAGAGUUACAACAGUUGGAGCUCGCACAGAUACAGCAGAGAGAUGCUAAUCUCACAGCUCUUGCAGCUAUUGGACCAAGAAAGAAGAGACCACUAGAGUCCGGGUCUGGAAGUGAGGGUUUAAAAGACAACCUGUUUGCUUCUGGGACGUCCAGUCUGGCAGCCAGCAAGCAGCUGGUUCGUCCAAGAAUCACAAGAAUCUGCCUCAGGGACCUGAUCUUCUGUAUGGAGCAGGAGAGGGAUAUGAAGUAUUCCCGAGCUCUGUACCUGGCCCUCCUGAAGUGACCACAGCCCCGUCAUCCAGACCCUUGCUACUUUACUGCCAAAGAAGACGUCAAGAGCAUUGUUGCACAUUUCAGUUUCUAGAAGAUAAUCACCAGUAGG